AUGGGCUCCGUGCUGCCCGCCGACGCCCUGGCUCUCAAGUCUGGAUUUAAGUGUCCGAGCCGUGCGCUGUCGGACGUGAUCACCUCGGACAUCCUGCACAGCUUCCUGUACGGCAGGUGGAGGAACGUGCUGGGCGAACACCUGGCGGAGGAGAGGCACCAGGGCACCGGCUGCAGCCCCAAGACCGCGUUCACCGCCGAGGUGCUGGCGCAGUCCUUCGCUGGAGAGGUGCAGAAGCUGUCCAGUCUGGUGCUGCCCAGCGAGGUGAUCAUUGCGCAGAGCUCCAUCCCCGGAGAAGGUCUGGGCAUCUUCUCAAAGAACUGGAUCAAGGCCGGGACAGAGAUGGGUCCCUUCACUGGGAGAGUCCUGUCCCCUGAGCACGUAGACCUGCUCAAGAACAACAACCUCAUGUGGGAGGUGUUCAAUGAAGAUGGCACGGUGCGUUAUUUCAUCGAUGCCAGUCAGGAGGAUCAGCGCAGCUGGAUGACCUACAUCAAGUGCGCCAGGAACGAGCAGGAGCAAAACCUGGAGGUGGUGCAGAUCGGCAGCAGCAUCUUCUACAAGGCUGUGGAGACCAUCCCUCCAGACCAGGAGCUUCUCGUCUGGUAUGGAAACACACACAACACGUUCCUGGGAAUCCCUGGAGUUCCUGGAAUAGAUGAAGAGCACCUGAAGAAAAGCAGGAAUGGUGAGAAACAUUUAAAUAACCCCCCCCCCUCCUCCUUGUUUCCUCUUCUAGAUGAAUCCCACUCCUGUGAGGGCCACAUCUCCUGCUCUCCCACCUCCUCCUCCUCCUCCUCUUCCUCCUCAUCUUCCUCCUCCUCCUCCUCCUCUGCGGGUCGCAUGCGCUGCGUCAUCUGCCACCGCGGCUUCAACUCCCGCAGCAACCUUCGCUCGCACAUGCGCAUCCACACCCUGGACAAGCCCUUCGUGUGCCGCUUCUGCAGCCGUCGCUUCAGCCAGUCGUCCACGUUGCGCAACCACGUCCGGCUGCACACGGGCGAGCGGCCCUACAAGUGUCACGUGUGCCAAAGCGCGUACUCGCAGCUGGCCGGCCUGCGCGCGCACCAGAAGAGUGCGCGUCACAAGCCGGUGGUCUCCAACGUGGACGUGCCCUCGCGCGUGUCCCCUCCCCCCCCCCCACAGAUGACGGCCAUGAUCCACCACCACCAGCACCAGAUGCCCCUGGUGCACCACAUGCCCACCAUGGUGCUAUGA